UAAUAGGAAUUUUAUUGUGUAGCUCAUAAUUAUACACUUUUGACGAUCUCCAGUCAAAUAAUAAGUCAAAGUCAUCACGCUAAAUCUUGUAGUUUAAUCAUUGAAUGACCUGCGACGUCAGGCAUUCAGCCCUAGGACUUAGCUUCAAUGUUGCGUUUGAUCACAACUUCCUUAUGCCUCAGAUGCCUACGUGUCACAGCUCUUCCCUUAAACCCGAGGCCUUAUGCCACACUAAGCUCAGCAGAGAACCAACAGACUGUGGAGGCUCUGUAUGAUCUGUCUGUGGACAUACAAAAGGUCAGAAAAUUGAAGGGCUGGGUGUUGCAUCAUACUCCAGCCUACGCUAAGGAGGUAGCUCACCUGCUGACAGACAUGGGGGCCUCAGGCUCUGUCAUCGCUCGUAUACUGGUGGUACAUCCUGAGGCAGUCCUCUGCAGUCCAGAACAGGUCAUGGCUCAGAGGGAUCUGUGGAUGUCUGUGUGCCCAAACCAAAAGGAGUUGGUUAAUAUCAUUGAAAAAUUCCCUUCCUCAUUCUUCACAUCUUCCAGCCACCAUGACAACCAGCGAAACAACAUCACUUACUUCCAGAGCCUAAACCUCAACAAACGAAUCAUCACCAAACUAAUGGCCAGUGCCCCCCAGAGCUUCAGCCGACCAGUAGAACAGAACCAGGACAUGGUACACACCCUCCAACAGGCCUAUCAGGAGCUUGGUGGAGAGGAGGCCAACAUGAAGAUCUGGCUUCAGAAGCUGCUGAGCCAGAACCCGUUUGUUCUCCUCAAACCUCCUGAGGUGUUGAGGCAAAACCUGCUCUUCCUGAGGGACAAGGGCUUCAGCACCGCAGAGCUGCUCCGCCUCCUCUCCAAACUCAAAGGCUUCGUCACCGAGCUGAACCCGGACAGCAUGAGCCAAACCUUGGCAUACUCUCAGAACACCUUAGGCUGCUCCGAAGCAGAACUGCGGGGCAUCAUCCUCAAAUGCCCGGCACUGCUUUACUUCCCUGAAGAGAUUCUGGCCGAUCGCUUCAAGGGCCUGCUUGGUGCUGGAAUCAACAUGUCUCAAAUCAUAGAGACUCCAAAUAUUUUGGAGCUUACCACACAGAUAGUGAAUUACCGCAUCCAUAAACUUAAGGCACAUGGUUAUGAUGUAAGGACAGGCAGUUUGGACGUCCUUAAUGGCACUAAGAAGGACUUUGAGAUGAGUUACGGAAAACUACAACUACGCAGAGAGAGACCACUGUUUAACCCUGUUGCCCCUUUAAAAGGAGACGACUGAUAAUGCACAUCAAAUCAACUGUAACUUGGAAGAACACUAUUAAUUAUGUCUGUAUAAGUGUAAAUCAUCAUCACUAAAAGUGCAAUAAUUUAAGAUAUGUGUUUACUUCUGUUGUUCACUACCUCUGUACAAAUUACAUUCAUGCCAUUUGAGCUUGACAGUAAAUCAAGCAAAGCUGCCUGAAAUACAAAACAGCAUAUCUCAGGAUUUGAUCAUUGUAAAGUCUCAUUUAAAAUGGCUUUAUCUUGCUGUUUUUAAAACUGGUGCUAUAUAAAGAAAAUGUCAGUAAUGGUCUCAAAGACAUUUACCCAAAUUCUCUCUUUGUUUUGAAAGUACCAGAGUUUAGAGGAUGAUACAUAACUAGAACCCAAUUGAUGAACCAUAUUGCUAGUCAUAACUUUUUUCCAGCCCUUUUUUCUAACCUUUUGUUUGAAACAUCAAACACCAGACUCAGAAUUGCUUUAAGGAAGUUUCACUUGUAGCUCAGACUAAAAGAAAAUGAGAAGCGUGAUCACACCCAUGCACAACUGUAAUCAAUGGUGAAUUUGAUGGUUAUACGCAUGAAAAACAACUCACAUUAAUUGGUUAAAAUGUCAGAAUGUAGAUGUGAAUGUUAUGUAACAAUCACUCUGAGCAAUUCUGAGAAUCUGAAACAAAUGCAUUUUAAAAUGUGGGAAUUUGUGAGUUUUGUCAAAUAAAGUAUUUAUUACAGCU